GCGGCUGUCGAUUUGCCGAGGGCGGGUGCUAUGGCAAUCUCCCAGGACGAGGAGGCCGAGGAUCGAUACGCGAACGAGAAAAUGGCGGCCGCGGCUGGUGCGGCUGGCUCGGGGGAGGGAGGAGGUGAAGCCGAGCCGGACAGCGAUCCGAUUCCUGGCGAGGAGAGGUCGUCGGAGCUCGGUGGUGUCCCGGAGCAGCUCGGCCCUGAGAAUGAGCCCUGUCCGCUUGAGGGGAGCGAGACCGGACACGGCGGAGAGGGGCUGCGGCAGCCUGGGGAGGAGGCGUGUGCUGGGCCUGACCGGGCAGAGGGAGCCUCACCAUGGCCACCAGAUAUGGGCGGCCUGGCUGCUGUGGAGCCUUCAGAGAUGGACACUGGAGACUGCAGAAUGGGGGAGUCUGCCCUCCUCUCCACUCAGGAGCAAGAGGAACCUAUGCAAUUGGGGAUGGACUGGCCCUCAGCCCCCUGUCAUGGAGCUCCACCAUCUGUAGACCCUGUCUUAUUGGAAGCUGGUGAGGAGAUGACCUCUGCUGAGGUGGUGCAUCCCUCUAAUAUAGAGGAACACAUAUCUACACCUUUGUUGGUUCCCUCAGAACUAGAGGAGGUGAAAGCUACAUUGUCACCUCUCCAACCCAUGAUGGAAAAGCCAAUAGAUGAGGGAUGCCCUUCUGCACCAGGUUUCAGUGGCCAACCCACUAACGACCCAUCUUUCCCGGAGCUGCACAUGGAAACAGAUGGUGAGACGGUUUUACUGGAGGUAAGGAACCCUUCAGAGCAAAGAAGCCCAAGUCCAUUACCAUCGCAGCCUACCCCAGUUCUAGAGGAACUGAGAUCUGCAUUGUCCCCCACCCCUGUGCUAGAGGAACCAAGAUCUGCAUCUUCUCCCACCCCUGGAUCUUUGUUGUCCCAUACCCUUAACCUUGAGGAUCCAAGACCUACGUCAUCUCCCACCCUUAAUCUUGAGGAACCGAGAUCUGCACCAUCUCCUACCCAUGAUCUUGAGGAACCAAGACCUGCAUUGUCUCCUACCACUUUUAUAGAAGAACAGAGAACUUCGUCGUCUCCAACCCCUGACCUAGAGGAACCAAUAUUUAUGUUCUCUCCUAUUCCUGAUCUAAAAGAAGCAAGAUUCACAGCCUCUCCUACCCCUGAUCUAGUGGAACCAAGGUCUACAGCCUCUCAUACCCCUGAUCUAGUGGAACCAAGGUCUACAGCCUCUCCUACCCCUGAUCUAGUGGAACCAAGGUCUACAGCCUCUCCUACCCCUGAUCUAGUGGAACCAAGGUCUACAGCCUCUCCUACUCCUGAUCUAGUGGAACCAAGGUCUACAGCCUCUCCUACCCCUGAUCUAGUGGAACCAAGGUCUACAGCCUCUCCUACCCCCGAUCUAGUGGAACCAAGGUCUACAGCCUCUCCUACCCAUGAUCUAGUGGAACCAAGUUCUACAGCCUCUCCUACCCAUGAUCUAGUAGUGGAACCAAGGUCUACAGCCUCUCCUACCCAUGAUCUAGUAGUGGAACCAAGGUCUACAGCCUCUCCUAUCCAUGAUCUAGUAGUGGAACUAAGGUCUACAGCCUCUCCUACCCAUGAUCUAGUGGAACCAAGGUCUACAGCCUCUCCUACCCCUGAUCUAGUGGAACCAAGAUCUACAGCCUCUCCUAACCCUGAUCUAGUGGAACCAAGGUCUACAGCCUCUCCUACACCUGAUCUAGCGGAACCAAGGUCUACAGCCUCUCCUACACCUGAUCUAGCGGAACCAAGAUCUACAGCCUCUCCUAUUCCUGAUCUAGCGGAACCAAGGUCUACAGCCUCUUCUGCACCUGAUGUAGCGGAACCAAGGUCUACAGCUUCUCCCUCACCUGAUCUAGUGGAACCAAGGUCUGCAGCUUCUCCCACACCUGAUCUAGUGGAACCAUGGUCUGCAGCUUCUCCCACACCUGAGCUAGUGGAACCAAGGUCUGCAGCUUCUCCCACACCUGAGCUAGUGGAACCGAGAUCUUCUACAUUGCCUCAACCCCUCACCCCAUCUGAUCUGGUGUUUGCAGAUGCCCAAAUAAAACUAGGGGUAGAUUCAGAAUUCCAGCAGCCAUCCAUGCUGGAGAAUUUUCUUCAAGAAUCUGGACUUGAAGUCCAUGGUGCACAGGAGAGAUCACCACUGGAGGUACAGUGUAUAGAGGAUUCUGCCCCUAUGAAGUCAGUCUUGGAUCCAGCUGCUGAGUCAGUGUUAGAAGUAGAGGCUAUGGACACGCAGGGACCAAUAUCGGAGGUGGUAUUGCAGGUGGAGCCCGAACCUAUGGAGUUUGCUCUUGAACAUGAGCCAGCUCACAAGGUUGUAUGUCAGGUACAAGAGCCUGCCUUGGAAGUGAUGCAUACAUCUGUCCCUGAGGUUGUGUCACUUAUAAAGGACUCUCAUGAGAUACAGGAACCCAUGUCCGAGUUGCCACUUCACGAUUCAGAGCCUUUUUCCACUGUGGUCAGCUCCGAGCCUGAAGUUGUAUUGCAUUUGCUGGAAAAUCCCUCCAUAGAAUGCGUUGUCCCUGGAUCAGUAACUCAUUUGUCAGACUCUGUUCCUGAAAUUAGAGAUUGCAAAGCAGUUGCAAAGACUGUAGAGACAGUAUGUAAUGCAGUCCAUGAAUCUAGCAAAGCAGGCCUUGAUCUUUUUGCGGCCAAGAUGGAGUGUGUGCCUGAACCAUUACAUAAGAAAAUACAGCAUGAACUAAGCACCGUUUCUGUAGAGGAAAAGGUACUUGCUUUAGGUGUUGCUGAAAUUAACCAAGGAGUGCAUCCUGUAACUGAACAAUGUACUGAACUUGGGGUGGAAGUAAAGCUUUUCUUACAACCUGUCCUAAAGACGUUGGAGGAAGGGCCAAAUAAAGAGGACUUAAGUAGUGGUUUUCAUAUAGUAUCCCAUAGAACAGAAUUAAAAUCGGAGGAGACCUCCCUGCAUGUGGUCUCCAAAGUAAAGUCUGUUUUGGAACCCGGGAACGUUCAGAUGUCCAGUAAAGUGGCUCUUGUGGAAACAGAGACUCAAGCAGACAGUGCAGUCACCACACAACUAAAAUCUUUGGAAAAUGAACUGGACUCUAACUGCAUUCAUUUUGAUACUGAGCCUAGCAUAGAACCUAAUUUGAAAUGCACAGAAAAAAGGUCCAUUGCUGGUGAUGUUGACUGUGACCUGCUUUCUAGGGACGCUAACCAAGAACUUAAAUCUGUAGAUAAAAUGGAUACCAACCCAGAAUUGGACCACCAGCAGGUAUCUAGGAUUGCUUCUGAGGCUGCACAGUUAAAUGACUGUAGUGAAUGGUGUCUGGAGGAGUCCAAGCUUUCCCCCAUUGAUCCUGUCAUGGAGGCAUGUUCAGACAAUCGCGAUCAAUACAAAAGCCCUCUUGCUGUACCAGAGCAAACUGUUGCAGUUGGUGGCAUUGCUGAUCUCUCACCUGGUUCAGAAGUUCAGGUCACGCUUGAUCACAUCAUUCAGGAUGCGUUGGUGGUUUCCUUCCGCCAUGGAGACAGAAUCUUCUCAGGGGUUCUAAUGGAUCUGUCUAAAAGGUUUGGACCUCAUGGAAUCCCUGUAACAGUUCAUCCUCAGCGAGAAUACAAAAACAAACCAGAGGAACCUACCCAGGUACAAAGCACAUCAUUCCAGGAAGACCCGAAAAAAGAAUUGCAUAACGAAGAUGGAACUACAGAUGUUUCUCCCGUCCAAUCCAGUGAGCCCUGUGGAGUUCAUAACCUGUGGACUUCAAAGCCGCCUCCACUUUUUCAUGAAGGAGCUCCUUACCCCCCUCCUUUGUUUAUCAGGGACACUUAUAACCAGUCAAUACCUCAACCUCCUCCACGUAAAAUCAAGAGACUCAAAAAGAAAAUCUACAGGGAAGAACCCACUUCGAUCAUGAAUGCUAUCAAACUAAGGCCCAGGCAGGUAUUAUGUGACAAAUGUAAAAAUGUUGUGGCAGAUAAAAAGGAGGUCAGGAAGACUGGUACGGACUCUUUUAAACUAGAAGAAGGAAAGCGGAGGAGGCAUGAAAGUGUAACUACUGUGAAUAAAAAAACAAAAACUGAUCACAAAGUAAAUGGGAAAAGUCAGAAUGAAAGUCAGAAGCGGAAUUCAGUGUCCAAGGUUACAAGUCUUAGCCAUGGGCGUGGAAGAGUGGUCAGAGUGGCUUCACAAACGCAUACUACGAAAGCCCAGCUGCACACAAAAAAGGUACUGCAGAGUAAAAAUAUGGAUCAUGUAAAGGCAAGGGUAGUAUUAAAAAUGGCCAAAGAAAAGGCACAGAAAAAGCAAAAGGAUGCAUCGUCCUCUAAAAACACCCACGGCAAAGUCCACUUUACACGGCGCCUUCAGAAUACAAGCUCAGGGACUCUUCCACCAAGACUACGUAUAAAACCUCAGAGGUACCGCAACGAGGAGAAUGACUCUUCGCUCAAGAUUGGACUUGAGAGUUUGCGAAGCAGCAAGAUUGGUAUCAAGCCCCAGACCCGCCACACUGCCACCCGUUCAGCAGGUGAGGCCCCUUCAAAUGGCCCUCAAGAGGAGGCCAGCAGUGAUAUUCAGAACACGAGUGUCUGUGUACCGCCUAAGGAACAGGAUGAGGAGCAAACACUGAGCAAGGGAGGCAGCAAAAGCAAUAUUACAGUUUACAUGACCCUAAAUCAAAAAGCAGACUCUUCCAGUGCUUCAGUGUGUAGUAGUGAUAGUACAGAUGAUUUGAAAUCCACCCACUCCGAGUGUAGUUCUACUGAAAACUUUGAUUUCCCCCCAGGCAGCAUGCAUGCACCUUCUUCAUCAUCUUCCUCCUCUUCAAAAGAAGAGAAAAAAUUGAGCAAUUCCUUGAAAAUAAAGGUGUUUUCCAAAAAUGUCUCUAAAUGCAUGUCCACCGAUGGCAGGACCAUAUGUGUUGGGGACAUUGUAUGGGCCAAGAUAUAUGGCUUCCCUUGGUGGCCUGCCCGUAUUCUUGCCAUAACUAUCAGUCGGAAAGAUAACGGCCUGCUUGUGCGGCAGGAGGCCCGCAUAUCAUGGUUUGGGUCCCCAACCACCUCCUUUCUUGCUUUGUCACAGCUGUCCCCCUUUUUAGAAAACUUCCAGUCGCGAUUUAACAAGAAAAGAAAAGGUCUUUACCGCAAGGCCAUCACAGAGGCAGCCAAGGCUGCCAAGCAGCUCACUCCAGAAGUGCGGGCCCUUCUGACACAAUUUGAAACGUGAUCCCUGCCACACACGUAAGGUAGGCAAGUUUAGUGGUUGUGUUUUUUUGUUUUUCAUAGCUUAGACAUAUAAAUAUUUUUAAACAUUUUUAUGUGGUCUUGGCUGGAGUGAGAUCUCCUCCUUCUCAUUUUUUUUUUUUUUUUUGUUUAAAAGUCUGCAGAGCUUCAUUUGUGGCAGCCCACAUUUCACCUCACUAAAGAUACCCGAAAGGAACAAAAUUAACUAUUUAUGCAACGACAGGUCUCUAAACAGGCUUAAAAUGGCACCACGUGCGUGUAUUUACCAUAGCCCCUGCCUGUUAAAGUGGACCUGCCAACUGUACAAAUUUUUUUUUCUUUUUUUUUAUAUAUAUUGCCUGUUUGUCAUUUAUUUGAUCACCUGUGAUAGUGGAUUCAUGUUAUAAAGAAAAUAUAAUGUACAGAAGUUAGAUUUACAGUGUAGCAUUUUUAUUUCUUAAAUUUAUUAUUGGGGCGACAGUUUAGAACAAAUCUUUAAAAUAAAUGUGGCCAGCGUGAUAUGGUCAUAUUGAACAUAAUGUUAAAAAGGAUUAAAAAAAAAAAAAAAAAUGUUUUUUUUUUUUUUCUCUCCUUGCUCCUUUUUAAGAUCUGUUCUAACAAAGACCUGUUGUGAUUUGUUAAAUGUCUCAUUGUUACAUUUUUUGGAUGUAUCUUUAUCAAAUGCAUAUUUUUUUUUUUUUUCCAGUUUGUUUUUUCAUUAAGGUAUCUGUUUGCAGGUCAGAAAUUAUGAAACAAAUGUAACUGUAUUGCUCUGAAAUGUACAAAAAGUGUAAAUAAAAGCCACUAAAUCUGA